AUGGAGCGUCAAUGUCGGCUGGCCCGCCAUCACUUCCCGGGAUGCUAUGCAUCCCUCCUCAGUCAUCGGGACAGCUUGGUAGCCGGCUUUCGUGUCGGAAGAGACGAUGGUACGGUGUGGUUCCAUUUUUUUUUCAAUGUCGACUGCUGUGUGCGGCAGCGGAGAAGAGAUUUGGCUCGGAAUAAACAGAGUCUCCUCCGUUCUGUGCCCAAGCAAGAGCGAUGGAGCGAGAGUGGCUCGUGA